GAUCUUUGGUAUGGUAAAAGAUAGAAUUUUUCCAAGGGUUUAUUCGAGGAAAGCAGAAUUGAGAAAAAUGUGGUAUUCCAGUUUGCAGAAAACAGCUCACAAAACCAGAUUACAAGUCAAAGACUCAUUACAAAAGAUUUUCAAAAAGGCUCUUUUGAUUUGGAAAAAAAUGAGGGACAUUUUGGAAAAAUGUCUUGCGGAUAACAAAUAAAAAAUACACCUUUCUAAAGAUAAGAAGGUUGAUAGUAGAGAUUAUCGUGCUUUUGUGAGGAUGUGAACAGUCAGUCAGGGCCCGCGCCACCGAUUCUAAAGUGGGGGUGCCACAAAGGGGGGUUUCCUAUUCAAUACCUGUGGCGUGGGCCCUGUCAGUGGAUGUGAGUUAUGGAGACUGGAACGAGAGAUAUAUUGGUUUUGAUAAGUGAGCGAGAGGGAAUAAAGAGAAUGGAAGCGGAGAUGUAGGUUGGGCUACGUAAUGGAAUACGUUAUAAAGUUAAGUAGUUAAGUGGACUGGGUGCGAGUACCCCAUUCUAAAAAUAGCAUUCGGGGGCGGGAAGUUUCAUGCUGGGAUCACGAUUUGCAUGACCAAUGAUGAUCAAUGUUAUUAGGGCCAUAAUGCUUCUCAGAGGCAUCAUUCAAAACGAGGCUAACUGCAAACAUUGCUCGUUGCACGUGAACAUCCAAAAUGGUGAAAACAUUCAAGAUUGUUGAAAGGCUGGGGGUGGAUGUUUUUAUACCAGAUGGAGAUAUGAUAUCACCUUAUUGUCAACACGGGCCAACUAUCUUAUUUGAAAGAUAUUUCAAAGAUAAAUCAUCACGAAGGUUUUAUGCAUGCUCUGCCUCACGAGAUAGGAAGGGAUGUCCAUUUUUCCAAUGGGAAGAUGAAAAAAUUACAGCAGGGAAGCAUAUAGUCCAGUCAGAGUUUACCAACAAGCUUGAUCAAGAAAAGGCAACAGUUGAAAAGUUCCAUCAAGUCAGAGAAGAAAGUUUAUCAUCAAAAAUGAGUUUAUUUUUCUGCUAUCAGUGUGGCCAUGUUUUUACUUCUACAGCUAUGGAAAACCAUCAAGAACAUAAAACAGCUGAGUUGUCAAAAUCAGAUUUAAACAAACCAAGCAAAUUUCUAGCUCCAGCUGAGAAUAAAAAAACAAAUGCACAAUUCUUUUUUUCGGAUUCAUGCUGUUCGUUCAUUGUCAGCACCCUAGUAAGGCUUGGCUUUGAAAAAAUUAUCAGCUUAGGAGUACCAAGAAUUCACGAGAAGAUCCAAAAUAACUAUUCAAGGAAAUCUGGGAAGCAGGAGAGCAUAUUGCUUGAUAUCGACAAAAGAUAUGCUCAAUUCUUACCAGCUACUGAGUUCCUGCACUACAACAUGUUUAAUAACUUUUUCUUUGGUGGUGAGGAUGCCAAAAGCAUAUUCAAAGAGUUUCUUUCUAACGUGGAUUCGAAAAAGAUAGCCUUGGUGAUGGAUCCCCCUUUCGGGGGAUUGAUGUCACUGCUUGCAUCAUCGAUUGGAAGGUUGAGGGCUCUUUACGAGACUGACUCUACCACAAACACUGGAGACCUGACAAUCGUGAUGAUUUUUCCGUAUUUCUUGGAGUCGCAUGUGUCAGAAGCUUUUCCAACUUUAAACAUGACCGAUUACCGGGUCUGUUAUGAAAAUCAUCCUAAUUUCAAACAGAGGACUGCAGAACGUGGAUCGCCUAUUCGAAUAUUCACCAACAUUCCAGACAAAGAUUUUGUUCUUCCCGCAAGCGAUGGCUAUAGGUUCUGUAAGGUGUGUAAGAGAUAUGUCGCCGCGAAUAACAUACACUGUGCGCAAUGUAACGCUUGUACAUCAAAGGACGGCAGACAGUAUGUUCAUUGUGAGAUGUGCCAGAAAUGCGUUAAACCAGGUAGAAUUCACUGCCAAACGUGUAAUAGUUGUGAAGCCAAAGACCAUGAAUGUAGAAGGAAAACGAUGGACAGUUUUACGUGCCAUAUUUGUGGAGAUACCGGUCACAAAAGAAAGGAUUGUCCCGAAAAAUCAAGACUAAAUCUUAAAAGGAAAUCGUCUGGCAAUACGGAAAUUAAAGGAAAGAAGUUGAAAAAGUCGAAUUCAAAAUGCUCAAAGAAGAAGAAGAACAAAUAAUAUUUUUGCCUUUCGAUCAAAAGUAUUAUGUGAAAUAAAGUCACUCUAAGCAGUGUAUGAUGAUGUUUAUAAAUCUGGAUGCAUUAGAAGAGUAAGUAAAUAAUA